GAGAAAUAUCAAUGAGGUGGCAAGGAUUUUAACGCGGCUUCUGCACUGGGCCAGAAAGAGUGAGUAAUGGAGGUUACCCCUUUGCAGAAUCCAAGAGAGAAGGCUGGUCUUCUCUCGCUGCUGACCUUUUCCUGGAUAAACAAUGUUCUUAAACACGGGAGCAAACAGCCAUUGGAAGAGAAGCACUUGUUUCCAGUGGGAAUGUCCAAUCAAGCAGAAAGGUUGGUGGCUGACUUGGAGAGGGAAUGGCUGGCAGAGGAAAGAGCUUCCGAACAGAACCGAACAAAGCCUCGCCUGUGGAGGGCCAUGAUGAGAGUUAUUCCCUGUAGAGACUAUAUGACAGUAUUAUUGAUUAGGAUAUUCUACUCACUGUCAAACGACUCUUUGCCUUUGAUUUUGUGGUUUUUCCUGAGAAGCAUUUCAACAGCUUCAAGGAUAUAUUACUCGACAACACUAGCCUUUGUCAUUGGCAUUGCUUUAACCUCUAGUGUAAGGAUGAUGUGCGGCAGUCACUGGGUAUUUCAGGUGGAAGUGAUGGCGAUUCGUCUAAAGGUUGCAGUAAUUGGUUUUGUUUAUAAAAAGUUUCUUACUCUGAAUCGACGAACAUUAGAAAACGUGGUGCAAGGAAAUAUUAUAAAUAUUGUCUCCAACGACGCUAAAGCCAUAGAACUAGUAGGCCUUCCACUUCUGCUCGUUUCGUUUUCUACACUAGACAUCGCAAUCUCCUUGGCAAUUGUUUGGAUGGUAGGCUCCUGGCAAGGGUUGAUUGGAACCUCUUUCCUUGUUAUUGUAUCUGCCUAUGGAUCGGUUGCAGCUAAAAAAGCUGGGCAGUUGCGCAGAAACGCUGCAGAACUAAUCGAUAAACGAUUGCAGUUAAUUGAAGAGAUUAUUAAGGGAAUGCGAGCUAUGAAGAUGUACGCCUGGGAAUGGAACUUCAGAGCGCUGGUUGCAAAAAUAAGAAGGAAAGAAAUCUCUUUCAUCCGUUUCAGAGGAUUCAUCAUUGCCAGUAUCUACGCAUUGUUCUUCACUAGCUCUGCUAUUGCAGGCCUCAUUUCAGUCACGGCUCUUGUUCUCACAGGAAUACCUUUGACACCAUUUCAAGUUUUUACAUUGCUUUCAGCCUUGGCUAACAUUAAAUUAACUGUGACCCUGUGUAUUGCAGAAUCUCUCCGCAUUAUCGCAGAUGCAAAAACUGCUUGCAACAGGAUGCAGCGGUUUCUCGAAACCGAAUCUAUUGAUUCAAUAUCAACAAGCCAAAAGCAUCAUCAACAAAAGCUCAAGGUUCAUUUUAGAAGCAGAAAAUAUAGAGAUCGUUCUGUUAGAAUUGAGAGCUUUAGGUCUAGCAAACCGGUUUUGAUAAGUGCUCGUAAAUUGGAAGGAACACCUCAGCACACCCCAUUCCAGAUUGUCCUCGAGUGCAUCUCGUGUUCUUGGGACCAGCGUUUGGAACGUCCCACCUUAAAAAACGUCUCACUGAAAGCUACCAGUGGACAGCUUGUGGGAGUAACAGGACCUGUUGGAAGUGGCAAAACAUCUUUAUUGAUGAGCAUCCUAGAGGAACUUCCAAUGUCAGCUGGUCAAACCUCCUGCAUCGGGAAAAUUGCUUACGUCUCCCAGACACCUUGGGUAUUUUCUGGAACUAUGCGAGAGAACAUUCUAUUCGGAAAGACUUUUGUUGAACACAAGUACCUUGAAAUUAUUCAAGCAUGCGACCUGGCAGUUGAUAUAACACGUUUCCCAAAAGGUGACUUAACUGAGAUUGGACAACGUGGAGUGAUCCUCAGUGGUGGUCAGCGUGCACGAGUUAGUUUGGCACGCGCAAUUUACUCAGAUGCCGACAUCUACUUAUUGGAUGAUCCACUCAGUGCAGUGGAUGCCAAAGUCGGUAAACAUUUGUUUGACAGAUGCGUCAAAGAGUUCUUAGACAAACGAAUACGUAUUCUGGUCACUCACCAGUUACAAUUUCUGAAACAGACUAAUUACGUUAUCAUGCUAGAGAAAGGCUUGGUUGUGUACGAGGGUACAUAUGAUGGAUUGGAGAGAGAAAAGAAAAUUAGAGGGACAGAAUAUCAGGUCAAUGACAAGAGACGGGAUCAGGUGCAACACUGCGGAGAAGAAGUGUGCAGGCUUGAAACAGGUAAAGCGCUUAAUGUUGAAAAACAGGGUGAAAGAAUGGAUCUCGAAGAAGAAGACGAAGACAGAAUGGUUGGGACCAUCAAGUGGUGGGUGUACUGGAAAUAUCUUAGAGCUGCUCUUCCAACUGGUUUGAUAGCCGCCCUUGCUGUUUUCUUCGUUAUUGUUCAGGUGUCCUGGAUUGCACCCUACUGGUGGCUCUCCCAGAUGACUGAGAUGCCAUUCGAACAACAGAAGAACUACAUUACCCUUUUGGUGUACGGAUCUAUUGCUUUGGUCUCCUUGCUUCUUACGAUAACGGCCUCCUUCUGUUUCUACCUCGCGGCAUUGAAGGCUUCGGAAAACCUCCAUGACCAGAUGAUAACCACAGUUAUGAAAGCACCAGUUCUUUUCUUUGACACAAAUCCAGUUGGUCGCAUCCUAAAUCGCUUUUCUAAAGAUAUUGGUUGCAUGGAUGAUCUGCUUCCAGGGCAAUUCCUUUUUGCAGUUAAACUUUUGCUGUACGUUUUCGGCGCUACCAUUCUCUCAGCAGUCGCAAAUGUAUGGCUAGUCAUUAGUUGUACGCCUUUGGCUUUGUUGUAUAUUUACUUGACCAAAUACUAUUUGAAAUCCGCCCGGGAAAUAAGACGACUAGAUUCAAUGACGUGCAGUCCAGUGUAUUCCUGUAUUGCUGACACUGUGGCAGGAUUGGAAGUAAUUCGCUCCUCAGAGAUGGAGAGUAGUUUUCUUUGCAAGCUUUUUAGGUACUUAGACAGGAACACCUCAGCAUCAAUCAUGCUCAAGGCAUCAACACGUUGGCUUGCUAUUAGAGGAGAUAUUCUAAGUGUCUUUCUUGUAACGUCUGUGUCAGCUGGAGCCCUAUUCGCUACUCAAAGUCCAGCCUUAGCAGGAAUGUCCUUGGCGUUCGUAAUGGAAUCAUUAGAAGUGUGUCAAUACGCGAUUCGCAUGGCCUCAGAAGCAGAAAGCCAUAUGACGUCAGUAGAGAGGGUGUUGAAUUACACCAACAUUGAAUCAGAGCCUGGAUACAGCACUGACACAGUACCAGAUGAAUCCUGGCCCACAGUAGGAAGCUUAACAUUGCACGACUUGUCUUUGUCAUAUUUAAAAGACGCCCCAGCAGUUUUGAAAAGCAUCAACAUCAAUGUCGCUGCGAAGGAGAAGAUUGGCGUUGUAGGUCGAACCGGAGCUGGGAAAUCGUCUUUAGUGGCGGCUCUUUUCCGAAUGCCAGAGCCUGAGGGUCAAGUCAUUAUAGAUGGUGUGAACAUCAAGGAUCUCAAUCUUCAGGCGUCUCGCAGGUCCAUGGCCGUAAUAACCCAGGAUCCUGUCCUCUUUAGCGGCAGCCUCAGGAAGAACCUAGACCCUUUCUCUUUGUAUCAAGAUCAUGAUUUGUGGCGUGCUUUGGAAGAUGUGCAGUUGAAGACCCUGGUGCAACAAUUACCUGACCAGCUGGAUUACAAGUUGAGAGAGUCUGGGAGCAACUUCAGUGUCGGAGAGCGCCAAUUGGUCUGUUUAGCGCGUGCGCUGUUACAAAGAAGUAAGAUCAUCAUUCUGGACGAAGCCACUGCUAAUGUGGAUUUCAAGACAGACAGACUGAUUCAAGAAGUUAUACGCAACAGAUUUAAAGAUUCCACAGUAGUAACCAUCGCUCAUCGCUUGAACACCAUCAUGGACUAUGAUAAAGUGUUGGUUAUGGAGCAGGGACGAGUGGUUGAGUUUGACAAACCUGAAGUUUUGCUUCAAAAUAAGAAUGGAUUCUUGGCUCGUCUUGUUCAGGCUUCUAACUCAGCUUGCCCUUAAAACAGUAGUCUUUAAACCUGCUAAGACUGGAAGAAAACGUUAGGGAAUUUAUUUCAAGAUACAAAACAAGGUCAGGCUUGGGUUAAUACCCCGUAUAACCCUUAUACCUAAAGUAAGGUUUAAUUCUGCCGGCGUCAAGGUAACUUUCGCGAGAGCUAUCUCAACCUUUUAGUUUUAUGACCGGACUGAACCCCAGAAAUUCGUCGUUCUCGCUAGAACUACCUCCGCAAAACAAUUUUUCCUCCGCUGUGAUUGUGUAGUUAAGACUGCAAACGAGCUUGGAGAUUUUUGUUUCAGGACGCGUGGUUCACCAUUUUUUGGUCUAAUUGUAUCCUCCACGUCUUACUCACGCAACGCGUGAGUAACAUCCGCGGAAGAACUCGGUAUCAUGUCUAAAAAUAACUUAAGAGGGAUUACCUUGGGUAUAAGGCUUAGAUAGGGGUUUUACACUUUACCUUGAUAUUUUGUUGCAAGAUCUUAUCAGCAGUAAACUAAGUAUCUUUUGCAGGCUAGAGGUAACUAUAGCAAAAGGUACUGAAAAAUAUCUUCAACAAACGUGAACGAACGGCUGAGUCAUCCAAGAGUUUUAAGGAUUAACUUAAUCUAAGGUUCUAGAAAAUGAUUCAGGGUGAAUCCUAGAAAUGCGUCAGGGGUUCAAUUUUCUCUGUAUGGGAUAUGUUUUUUUUUUUCUGACACCAAUCUGCGUAAACAACUAUUUUGAGGCUUAAAAAGUUGAAUUGUUUAAAUAAAUUGAUCUCAUAAGCAUUUUGCUUAUUGGGUUUGUUAGAUUUGAGACAAAGCAAUGGUUUCCUACCUUGAAAUAAUUUUAAUACUAAUUUUGUGUUCGGUUUAGUCUCCCUCGACUGCGGACUGAGAGUCAAUUUCUAAAAAAGA